AUCGUUCCGAUCCCCCAAUCUCCCGUCAAAAAGUCACGAUGGGCGGCCAACUAGGUUUUCUCUACCGGCAACUCACCUUCAAGCCUAAACCCAUCCCCUCGAGUGUCCGUCUUGAUGGCAAGACAGCCAUCAUUACCGGUGCCAAUGUCGGUCUAGGAUUGAAGGCUAGCAGGGAGUUGGCAGCACAUGGAUUGACCCGCCUGAUUCUCGCAGCCCGGAAUGUCUCCAAAGGCGAAGCUGCGAAGAAGGUAAUUCUAGAACAGAGCCCUACAUGCGAUGUUCAAGUCUGGGAGCUGGACUACGAGUCAUUCGAGAGCAUCAGAAGCUUUGGCGAGCGCGCUCAGACACUUGACCGCUUGGAUAUUGUUAUCUUGUCGGCUGGUGUCAAGUCAAUAAUCUCGGCACCGCCGCCCUCUCCCUUCUCCUUCUCCCCUCUCCAAGCGACCGCCAGAUCCACAGGAACACCGAGCCGACUGACAAUUGUCACAUCCGAGGUGCAUUUCUGGACUGACUUCAACGAACAGAAGGCGUCCAAUAUCAUCGAGGAACUCGACAACCCCAGCUCAUCCAAGAAAGGAAGCAUGGAUCGCUACAACGUAAGCAAGCUUCUCGAUUUGCUCUGGUUGCGCGAACUCAGCACCAAAGUCGGAAGCGAUGUCACCGUCAACGGCGUCAACCCAGGUCUUUGCGCUAGUGCGCUCCAUCGAUCUCAUGAGGGUUCCUCGGGUUUCAACAAGGUCUUUGCGUCCCCUGAAGGACAAGAGACCCAGCAAAGGCUGUUCCAGGAAACGCUCUCUGUGCUUAGUGACGCACUUUCAGGGGUUGACUUGAUGAGAGACAACUACUCCAACCCAACCAUCUUCAGACUAUCCUCCCACAAGCUCUUCGCCGCAUCCUCAUCAUACGCGUACUCAACAUACCCGGGACUCACCGGACCUUUACUCUCAUCCGCAGGCGGACUAACCUGCACACUCUCCAAAAACUUCCCUCCCAUCCCCUCCCACUCCUUACCCACAGCCGCCAACCAGGCCCGGAUUCACGGCCGUAGCGUGCAAGCCCUGGGAAGCGAAACGGUGCUUGAUCUCAGUCGCCGUAUAGACGUUGGCGAUUCUUGA